CCAAAAAACACAGGUGAAAGGAAGUGCAAGGAAAGCGAGAAGGAAGAGGUAGUGUGGUGGACAAGAUGUGGACUGACGGCAGUUCCCUGAGUGAGCCCGAGAGGACCGGAGAGAACACACUCCUCUGUGGGGGGGCGAUGGACCCCUGCCACCAGGACGCCUUCAGAUACAGAGGCUUGGAAGCCAUGGACCUGAGGACCAUCUCCUUUGAAUGCAAAGUCAAACCACAAUGAGGGUGAUUGAAGGGUAUGGUUGGCAUGGAAUUGAAUUUCAUCUAUCUGUGGGAAUUGUAAGCAAGGUUGUCAUCACGAAAGCCAAAGUGGAUUUCUCCAGUGUGGUGUGCCUGCCCCCUUCCGUCAUUGCUGCGAAUGGGCUGGACGGAGGAGGGGCUGGCGACAAUGACGACGAACCAGUGCUCGUGUCCCUGUCUGCAGCCCCCAGUCCCCAGAGCGAAGCUGUUGCCAAUGAAUUGCAGGAGCUGUCCCUGCAGCCCGAGCUGACCCUAGGCCUCCACCCCGGCAGGAAUCCCAACUUGCCUCCACUUAGUGAACGGAAGAAUGUGCUGCAGUUGAAGCUCCAGCAGCGCCGGACCCGCGAGGAGCUGGUGAGCCAAGGGAUCAUGCCGCCUUUGAAAAGCCCAGCUGCGUUUCACGAACAAAGAAGGAGCUUGGAGCGGGCCCGGACGGAGGACUAUCUGAAGCGGAAGAUUCGCUCCCGGCCGGAGAGAUCAGAGCUGGUCAGGAUGCACAUUCUGGAAGAGACCUCGGCCGAGCCCUCCCUGCAGGCCAAGCAGCUGAAGCUGAAGAGAGCCAGGCUGGCGGAUGACCUCAACGAGAAGAUUGCACAGAGGCCAGGCCCCAUGGAGCUGGUGGAGAAGAACAUCCUCCCGGUGGAGUCCAGCCUGAAGGAGGCCAUCAUCGUGGGCCAGGUGAACUACCCGAAAGUGGCCGACAGCUCUUCCUUUGACGAGGACAGCAGUGACGCCUUAUCCCCUGAGCAGCCCGCCAGCCAUGAGUCCCAGGGCUCAGUGCCGUCACCUCUGGAGGCCCGAGCCAGCGAGCCACUGCCCAGUGCCACGUCCAUGUCCCCCACUCAGGUUCUGUCUCAGCUCCCGGUGGGCCCGGAUUCCGGGGAGACGCUCUUCCUGGGCGAGCAGCCCCCUCUGCCUCCCCCGCCUCUGCUGCCUCCCAGCCUCACCAAUGGAAGCACUGCCCCCACCGCCAAGCCGCCCCCCACGCUCAUUAAGCAAAGCCAACCCAAGUCUGCCAGCGACAGGCCGCAGCGCAGCAAGAAGGCCAAGGAGCCGAAGCCGAAGGUGAAGAAGCUCAAGUACCACCAGUACGUGCCCCCAGACCACAGGCGGGACCGCGGCGCGCCCCCCAUGGACUCCGCCUACGCCAAGAUCCUGCAGCAGCAGCAGCUCUUCCUGCAGCUGCAGAUCCUCAACCAGCAGCAGCAGCAGCACUACAACUACCAGACCAUCCUGCCCGCCCCGCCCAAGCCAGCCGGGGAGACCCUGGGGAACGGCGCCUCCCCCCCGGUGCGCGGCGUCUCCAGCACCAGCAGCGGCUCCAGCCCGGGCGCCCCGGGGCCCAGCGGGCUGGCGAGGCAGAACAGCACCCCGCUGACCGGCAAGCCGGCAGCCCUGCCAGCCAACCUGGACGACAUGAAGGUGGCGGAGCUGAAGCAGGAGCUGAAGCUGCGCUCCCUGCCCGUCUCGGGCACCAAGACGGAGCUGAUCGAGCGCCUGCGUGCCCACCACGACCAGACCAGCCCUGCCCCCGGGCUCCCCAAGGCCCCUGCCACCACCUCGCUCCUGUCCAAGGCUGGGGAGGUGGUGGUGGCCUUCCCAGCCGCCCGGCUGAGCACAGGGCCGGCCCUGGUGGCGGCAGGCCUGGCCCCGGCCGAGGUGGUGGUGGCCACGGUGACCGGCAGCGGAGUGGUGAAGUUCGGCAGCACGGGCUCCACGCCCCCGGUGUCGCCCACCCCCUCGGAGCGGUCACUGCUCAGCACCGGGGACGAGAACUCCACCCCCGGGGACACCUUCGGUGAGAUGGUGACCUCGCCGCUGACGCAGCUCACCCUGCAGGCCUCGCCACUGCAGGUCCUGGUGAAGGAAGAGGGGCCGCGGGGCGCCCCCUGCUGCCGUAGCCCGGGGGCGCGCGACAAGGACCAGAUGCUACAGGAGAAGGACAAGCAGAUCGAGGAGCUGACGCGCAUGCUCCGGCAGAAGCAGCAGCUGGUGGAGCUGCUCCGGCUGCAGCUGGAGCAGGAGAAGCGGGCCCAGCAGUCGGCCCCCGCCCCGGUGAAGCAGGAGAGCAGCUUUGCCAGCUGCCAGCUGGGCUGCCCGGCCCUGGGCCCCGCUCACCCCUUCAGCCCCAGCCUGGCGCCCUCAGCGGCCGACCCUGCGGAUGCUCAGGUCUCGGCCCCGGGCCCGCCGGCCGUGGUGGUGAAGCAGGAAGCCGCGCAGCCUGAGCCCGAGCAGGCCCCUGCCCCCCAGCUGCUCCUGGGCCCCCAGGGCCCCGGCCUCCUCAAGGGGGCUCCACCUCCCACCCUCGUCCUCACCGUGACCAACAAGAAUGCAGACGGCCCCGGGCUGCCCACCGGGAGCCCCCAGCAGCCCUUGUCUCGGCCUGGCUCUCCUGCCCCCGGUGCCCCUGCUCAGAUGGACCUGGAGCGCCCGCCACAGCCCCUCUUUGGGACCCCCACUCCCCUGCUGAAGAAGGAGCCCCCUGGCUACGAGGAAGCCAUGAACCAGCAGCCUAAACAGCAGGUGAAGGAGAACGGCUCCUCAAGCCAGCAGAUGGAUGACCUGUUUGACAUUCUUAUUCAGAGCGGAGCAGAAAUCUCAGCAGAUUUCAAGGAACCGCCAGCCCUGGCGGGGAAGGAGAAGCCGCCCGUGACAGCAGCCUGCGGGUCCCCACCGGCCACCCAGCCCUCGCCCUCCGCUGAGCUCCCCCAGGCUGCCCCGCCCGCCCCGGGCUCCCCUGCCCUGCCAGGGCGUCUGGAGGACUUCCUGGAGAGCAGCACCGGGCUGCCCCUGCUGACGGGCGGGCAGGAAGGGCCAGAGCCCUUGUCCCUCAUCGACGACCUGCACAGCCAGAUGCUGAGCAGCUCUGCCAUCCUGGACCACCCCCCGUCGCCCAUGGACACCUCGGAAUUGCACUUUGCCCCUGAGCCCAGCAGCAGCGCGGGCCUGGACCUGGCCGACGGCCACCUGGACAGCAUGGACUGGCUGGAGCUGUCAGGGGGUCCUGUGCUCAGCCUGGCCCCCCUCAGCACGGCAGCCCCCAGCCUCUUUUCCACAGACUUCCUCGAUGGCCACGACUUGCAGUUACACUGGGACUCCUGCUUGUAGCUCUGACUCCAGACACUGGGGUUGGAGAUGGGCUGGAAGCCGGGCGGCCAGAACUGUGGGCAGCAUGGCGCUCUCCACGUGGCUGCCUCUCGACAAUCAGUCCCCUUCCUCCUGCCCUGGGAGCAGAGGCUGUACUGGCUGAGGCUCGCCAGGGCAGGGGAGGGAGAAGCCGCCCACAGUGGGUCCCGCGGCCGGGCGUUAGAGGCCCGGAUGGGGCCAGGGCUAUUUGACCUUUUUUGAGGUCAGAGGUGCACGGUCUCUGGCUGAAGCUUGGCUAAGGCAGGGGGGGCCCAGCCAGGAGGCUCCUCUUCAGACCCAGGCUGAGGUGGGUCCGUGAGUGAACCUGUUCUCUUCCCCCCCCACUCCCUGUGUCAGCCACGCCCCAGGCCUGCUUUUUUGGUGUCUUGGUGUGGUAUAACCAUUCAGAGGCUGAUGGCGCAGGUUUCCUGUACAGGUGUAUAUACCUCUAUUAUAUACCGACAUACAUAUCUACACACACACGGGGCAGCCAGAGGUGGUACAGCUCCCCUCCCCCUCUCACAGAAGGGCCUGGAUGCAGGGCCACCCCAGGGUGUGCCAUGUCGGGGUGCUGGUACCCAGGCCCACCCAUCACGUGUGUUAGACAUGCCUCUGCCACCCCCCCUGCUGCCUGGCUCCCUGUCAGUGCCAUGAGAGCAGAGGUGCUCCCUGGCUCCGGCCAGCAGCCCUCCACCCGCCCACAUUCCGUCCCCAUUGCCUCACUGCAGCCGCCAACGGCCCUGGGGUAGGAGGGACCUUGGGCUCAACUGUCCCUGUUGGGUGCCAAGUGGUGGCCCCUCCUGGAGCCCUGGGGCCACUGACCUCACAUUCUGGCCUGAUCUGUAGGGGGUGGGGGUGGCAUCACCAAAACCUGUGCUGGGAUGGGUGGGGGGAGCCGUGUGAACUUUAAAAUAAAUGCAAAAACACCAGCUGGUCUGUGUCUUCCUCAGCUCAGGGCCAGGUCCUGGGGU